GGCAGACGUUGCGUAAAUAUGCAAGUAGUCCAGACUGGAGAGAGAAGCUAAAGGUCGCUGGCUGGCUGUUGUCUGCCUCUCUACAGCAGUUAGCAGUCUGGCUACCGCUGAGGGUGCUGUGCGCGGCGUGUGUGCGCGCUUUGCCUUCAGUGAGUAUAUCUCAUGUACUCAUAUGUAUGCAUUGCAUGCGCAGCGCGCGCGCGCCACACCAAAGUAUUGCCUUGUUUGUCUCUUCUCCGUCUCCCUCUGUUAUGAUUGUCGUUCCAUCCUCUUCGUCACAUGGUCAACGUGUCAUACGAUCUCAUCUUUUGGCAAGUCGCACGUCGUUGCUUGUUGCGCAGGUCGUGUACGUCAAUCAGGCUACUGUUGUCAAACAGAAGGCUGCCCCCCUUCCCAUCUACCCACCCCGUUCCUCGUCGACUGCAGAGCAGUUUUACCACCCACAACCACUGUGCUCAUCGUCGAAAAGCAGCCAGGCCAGGUAGCCCAGAGCAGCCUCCGAACCCGAAACCGACGCCUUGCCUCGCUUCUCCUACGUCCCGCCUCCUAUUCACAAUCACUCGGUAAGGAAGCAUAUCGGAAAGGCUGAUUGCGUCCAGUGGACCUCAGUGCUUCCUCCGCUGUCUUUCGUCCUCGUCUGUUUGCGCAAGCUCCGACUUUGACUUGCGUCGACACAAAGCAGCUUGGCGCCCAUCGUCCCCAUCUUCUGAGACGGCGCACUCUCUGGCUCGCUCAUCCGCUCA